CGGCGGCGGCGGCGGGAGGGGGCGGCGGCGGCGGAGCGGCUUUGUUGGCUCGGAGGGGAGCGGCGCGGCGGGAAGAGCGGCGCUUCGGCGAGAGCCCACCAUGGUGCAGCAAGCGGAAAGUACGGAGGCGGAGAGCAACCUGCCCCGGGAGGCGAUGGACACCGAAGAGGGCGAGUUCAUGGCUUGCAGCCCGGUCGCGUUGGACGAGAGCGAUCCGGACUGGUGCAAAACGGCGUCGGGGCACAUAAAGAGACCGAUGAACGCGUUCAUGGUGUGGUCUAAGAUCGAGAGGAGAAAAAUCAUGGAGCAGUCGCCGGACAUGCACAACGCGGAGAUCUCCAAGCGCCUGGGCAAGCGGUGGAAAAUGCUGAAGGACAGCGAGAAGAUCCCUUUCAUCCGGGAGGCGGAGAGGCUGCGGCUCAAGCACAUGGCCGACUACCCCGACUACAAAUACCGGCCCAGGAAAAAGCCCAAAAUGGACCCGUCGGCCAAGCCCAACGCCAGCCAAAGUCCCGAGAAAAACGCGCCCGCCGGCAGCGGCGGCAGCAAGAGCGCCAAGAGCUCCAGCAAGAAGUGCAGCAAGCUGAAAGCCUCCUCCGCCUCCUCGCCCCCCAAGCCGGGAGCCAAAGCCGCCCACCACGGGGACUACGCGGGGGACGAGUACGUCUUCGGCACCCUGAAAGUGAGCAGCAAGACGGUCAAGUGCGUCUUCAUGGACGAGGAGGAGGAGGACGACGACGACGAGGACGAGCUGCAGCUGCGGAUCAAGCAGGAGGCGGAGGAGGAGGAGGAGGACGAGGAGCCGGGGCCGCAGCAGCUGCGGCGGUACAACGUGGCCAAAGUGCCGGCCAGCCCCACCUUGAGCUCCUCGGCGGAGUCCACCGAGGGGGCGAGCCUCUACGAGGAGGUGCGGGGCGGCUCCGCGGCGGCGGGCGGCGGCAGCAGACUCUACUACAGCUUCAAGAACAUCACCAAGCAGGGCCCGCCGCCGCCGCAGCAGCAGCCGCCCGGCCUCUCGCCGGCCUCCUCCCGCUCCAUCUCCACCUCGUCGGCCGGCAGCGAGGAGGCGGACGACCUGCUCUUCGACCUCAGCCUCAACUUCUCCCAGAACGGCCACGCCGCCGCCGAGCUGGGGGCGGGCGCCGCCGCCGGCAACCUCUCCCUCUCGCUGGUGGACAAGGACCUGGACUCCUUCAGCGAGGGCAGCCUCGGCUCCCACUUCGAGUUCCCCGACUACUGCACCCCGGAGCUGAGCGAGAUGAUCGCGGGCGACUGGCUGGAGGCGAACUUCUCCGACCUGGUCUUCACGUACUGAGCGGGGGCGGCGGCGGCGGCCAGGGCGGGCGGCGAGGCGGCGGCGGAGCUGGAGCUGGAGCGGCGCGACGCCGGUGAUGCUGAUGAUGAUGAUGAUGCUGAUGAUGAUGCUGAUGAUGAUUAAAAAAAAAGUCUUGUUUUCUUUUUAAAAAAAAAAAAAUCUCGCAGUUAGUUCCGAGCCCGGGAGUUGUGAUUUUAUUUUAUUUUUUUUUAAAUUUUUGUGUUUUUUUAAUUUUUAUUGCAUUUGGUGAUCACAACAACAACAGCAAAGGCAAAUGGGACUGGGGGAAAAAAAAAUGAUACAGAAGGCGCUGUUUGAAGCUUGUCGGUCUCCGAUUGAAGUCUGGAAGAUGGUCUGCAAAGAAGUCUUUUGGCAGCACAACUGUUACUCAAGGGGGUUUGUGGAUUUUUUUUUCUUUUCCCGUGAGAGAUCUUAAAGAACUGUUCUGAUUAUUGUUAUUUUUUUUUUUUUUUUUUUCCGAAAGGGACCAUUGCAACUUUUUUUGGAGGGAGAAAACUGAUGUCUUCUAUGCAUCCGAUUCUUAACAAAGCUGCAGGGAGCUUGAAAAAAUGCAGACUGUACAAACGCUUACAAAUAACUGAACUGACUUAAGAUCAGAGUUUACUUUUCAGAUCAAAUUGUUUAUGGUUUUACAAAUGUGAUUUCUACUUGCCAACUUUUUUUUUUGUAACUUGUUCCCUUAUACCUCCUUGAUUGAAUACCAGACAGCCUAGACCUCAGUACAAAAAGGUAUUGAAACAUUUUUGAUACAUAACAGACCUCAGUCUUUUUUAAAAAUUAAUAUAUUUUCAGGCGUAUUUUUGUACAGUGAAAAGGGAACAUUCUUGCUGUGUUUUUUCAGUAAGACUUUUCAGGCACUUCUUCCCUUUUAUUUUCUUUUUUUUUCUCUGUUUUUAGCAUGCAAGUUUGUUGGUACGUUACGUCCUGGUUUUAAAAGGAUUAAAAUUUUAAAAAAAUAAUCCUUGCAUCUAAAGGCCUUGUGGUUUUAAAAAAAAAAAAAAGAAACAAACACUUUUUUUGUACAGCUAUAGUUCAGAUUUGUUCAAUAUUUGUAGGUAAAGAUUUAUUGAAAAUGGUGAUAUAGACCUCAGAGCUGUUAUCUUAGUUUAAAAGAUUGUAUAUGUACUGUACUAUAGUAGGACUUUAUGUAUCUCAUACGCUGUGAUAUGUGGAUGGGGCCCCAGAUGGAAGGUAUGAAACUGGAUUCUCGAUUUUAGCAAAAAAAAAAAAAAAAAAAAAAAGAAAAAAGGCACAUAGUUAAAAAAGUUUCUCAUGUUGUGCAAUAUAAUCUAAAGUACAGACCAUCUGCAUAUUUUGUAGCAAAUGAUGGCAAAAGCAGACUUGUGCACUGUCAACAUCAUAGCCUGUUUUUUUUUUUUUUUUUUUUUUUUAAAUGCUGAAAGUCUGUAUCUUGACAAUUUUAAUAAAUCAGCUGGAACUGA